AUGUCGGACAAGGAGCUGCGGAAAUGGGUGGGCGACCAGCUGCACUCGCUCGUGGGAUUCUCCGAAAGCGCGCUUGCGAGCUACGUCUGCGCGCUCGGAAAGAAGCACAGCAGCCACGCCGCGCUCGCUCGGGAGCUGCAGGAACAGGGCCUCCCGAAGAGCGACGCAACGGAGAGGUUCGCCCGCGAACUCAUGUUCCGCGUCCCGCGCGCCAGCGUCGGGCAGAGCGGGUACAAGAAGGAUCUGAUAGCAGGCGCUGCGGCCGUGAAGAAGAACCAGGGAUACGGCCUGCUCAAGGACGACGACGACGACCUGCUCAUGGCCCCGGUGGACGCUCCCGCCGCGAAGCCUGAGAAGGUGAAGAAGAGCAAGAAGGACAAGAGCGAGAAGCGCGACCGCGAGAGGGAAAAGGACAAGGACCGACGCAGGGAGGGGGGGGGAGUUGAUGGGCGGGAGCGCGACAGGGAGGCGGGGCGCGACAGCGAGAGGCGGAGAGAGGAGCGCGGGAAGGAUGGGAAGCGGAUUCGGCGCGCGGGCGACGAGCUCGACGGCGCGGGCGGCGACGACGACGUGGCUGUGGCGCAGGUGCUGUCGCGCCGCGGUGACAGGCGGAAACGCAAGUGGGAGGAGGACGCGGAGGAGGACGAUGAGGCGAAGCAGGAGGCGGAGAAGCAGGCGGAGAUGGACAGGGACGUGGAGGAGCGCAAGGCGUUCGAGGAGCGUCUCAAGGCGCGCGACGACGCGAAAACGGCCAAGCUGAUGGAGAAGAAGCUCUCGCGCGAGGAGCGCGAGGACCUCGAGCGGCGCAAGUACGACACCGAGGAGCAGCGGCGCGAGCUGGUGCCGAAGCUGCGCGAGCUGUCCCGGCAGGACUACCUCAAGAAGCGCGAGGCGCAGAAGCUCGAGCUGCUGCGGCAGGAGAUCGCGGACGAGGAGGCGUUGUUCGGCAACGAGGAGCUGACGGCGAAGGAGCGCGCCGAGCUGGACCAGAAGCGGGAGCUGCUGCGGCUGGCGGAGGAGCGCGCGGAGAAGCUGCGGGAGUUCGAGGAGCGCGAGGAGUACGUGAUGCCGGAGGACUACGACGGCGACGCGGAGAAGAAGAAGGCGGCGCUGGAGGGCAAGUUGGGAGAGGCGGCGGGGCGGUAUGAGGGGGUGCGCGGGAAGAAGAAGGACGCGGACGAGGCGACGCCGUGGCAGGAGCAGGCGACGUGGGAGAGCGAGCAGAUUCGGAAGGCGACGAUGCGUGUCGGGACGGCCAAGGUUCCGGACGCCGCGAAAUAUGAUUUGGUGUUUGACGACUCCGUGGACUUCGUGCGGGACCAGCUGCUGGCAGGGGAGGGCGACGACGAGGACGAACUGUCGCGUGCCGAGAAGCUGCGGCAGGCGAAGCUCGCGGCGAUCGCGGACGAGCGGGAGCGCAUGGCGGAGGCGCGCAGGCAGCUGCCGAUGUUUCCGUACCGCGAGCAGCUCCUCGACGCGAUCGCGGAGCACCAGGUCAUCAUCAUCGUCGGCGAGACGGGCUCCGGGAAGACGACCCAGAUCCCGCAGUACCUCCACGAGGCCGGGUACACCAAGGCGGGCAAAGUUGGGUGCACGCAGCCGCGGCGCGUGGCGGCGAUGAGCGUGGCGGCGCGCGUGGCGCACGAGAUGGGCGUGAAGCUCGGGCGCGAGGUCGGAUACUCGAUCCGCUUCGAGGACUGCACCAGCGACGACACGAUCGUCAAGUACAUGACGGACGGCAUGUUGCUGCGGGAGUUCCUGGGCGAGCCGGACCUGGCGUCGUACUCGGUGAUGAUGAUCGACGAGGCGCACGAGCGCACGCUGCACACCGACAUCCUCUUCGGGCUGGUCAAGGACGUGGCGCGCUUCCGCCCUGACCUGAAGCUGCUGAUUUCGUCCGCGACACUGGAUGCGGAGAAGUUCUCGGAGUACUUCGACUACGCGCCGAUCUUCCGGAUCCCCGGGCGGCGGUACCCCGUGGAGAUCCUGUACACCAAGGCGCCCGAGGCGGACUACCUGGACGCGUGCGUGGUCACCACGCUGCAGAUCCACGCGACGGAGCCGAUGCCGGGGGACAUUCUGAUCUUUCUGACGGGGCAGGAGGAGAUCGAGGCGUGCGAGGAGGAGCUCAAGCGGCGCACGCGCGGCCUCGGCACCAAGAUGGCCGAGCUCAUCAUCUGCCCCAUCUACGCCAACCUGCCGUCCGACCUGCAGGCCAAGAUCUUCGAGCCGACGCCGGAGCGGGCGCGCAAGGUGGUCAUCGCGACGAACAUCGCGGAGACGAGCCUCACGAUCGACGGCAUCAAGUUCGUGAUCGACCCGGGCUUUGCGAAACAGAAUAGUUACAACCCGCGCACGGGGAUGGAGGCUCUGGUGGUCACGCCCGUGUCGCGGGCGUCCGCGCUGCAGCGCACGGGGCGCGCGGGGCGCACGUCCGCGGGCAAGUGCUACCGCCUGUACACCGCGUGGUCGUACCACAACGAGCUCGAGGAGAACACAGUCCCGGAGAUCCAGAGAACUAAUCUUGGAAACGUGGUCCUCAUGCUCAAGUCCCUGGGCAUCAACGACCUGAUGUCGUUCGACUUCAUGGACCCGCCGCCCUCGGAGACGCUCCUGCGCGCGCUCGAGCAGCUGUACGCCCUCGGAGCGAUCAACGACCGCGGCGAGCUGACCAAGCUCGGGCGGCGCAUGGCGGAGUUCCCGCUGGACCCGAUGCUGAGCAAGACGCUGAUCGCGAGCGAGAAGUUCGGCGUGACGGAGGACGUUGCGACGAUCUGCGCGAUGCUGACGUGCGGCGGCGCGAUCUUUUACGCGCCAAAGGACAAGAAAGUGAUCGCCGAGAACGCGCGGAAGAACUUUUUCCGGUUCGGCGUGGGCGACCACAUCGGGCUGAUGAAGGUGUUCACCGCGUGGGCGGAGACGGACUUCUCGUCGCAGUUCUGCUUUGAGAACUUCGUACAGAUCCGCACCAUGAAGCGCGCGCGCGACGUGCGCGAGCAGCUGGUGGGGCUGAUGGAGCGCGUCGAGAUUCCGCUGGUGUCGGACCCGGAGAACCACGAGGGGAUCCGGAAGGCGAUCGCGGCGGGGUUCUUCUACCACACUGCGCGCCUGACGCGGUCGGGCUCCUACCAGACGGUCAAGACGCCUCACAUGUCCGUGCACCUGCACCCGACGUCGGGACUGAUCGAGGACCUCCCGCGCUUCGUGGUGUACCACGAGCUGGUGCAGACGACCAAGGAGUACAUGCGGAACGUGUCGGAGAUCAAGCCGGAAUGGUUGGUGGAACUGGCGCCGCAUUACUACUCGCGGCAGGACAUUCAGGACAUGUCGAAGAAGAAGAUGCCCAAGGGCGCGGGGAAGGCCGCGGACUAG